UCACCGAUUGAUGGGCGCCAAUCAUACAACAUGCGGCCUGUGAGCGAGGAAGUACUGGCAGUGUCUUUGACUUGGCUGCGCUCAUCUCAACUUAACUACGCUCUCUUCCCUGCACCAUGGCCGACUUCAUUCAAGCCCUUGACCCGUCAAAAUUGGUCCUGGUUGAGACCGUCAGUUCUCCUUCUGAUAUGGCUUCAUGUUGCUCCUGUACCGACUGGCAUUUCACAGGUCCUCUCUUUCCUGACUAGUGCUUUCCAUGCCCCUGUGUACAAUUUACCUAUAUUCCUGUUCGGGCUACAUGUACAAGAAAGCUCUGAUGCAAUCCAAUCUCUGAGAGCUUUCACGUUCAUUGCUGGCGGCUCCAUUAUAUACGACAUCAUAUGGAUGGCAAGAAAUCACCAAAACUGGUUCCUCCGUCUUCUCACUAUUGUGAUUCAAAUUCUGAAGGUUCCAACUGUGUUGGCUUUCGCUGCAGCUCUUAGGCGACGAGGAGGGCAGUUCACAGGCAUCAGUUUCUCUGGAAACGACGUUGGGGGAGCCACAGUAUGGUCGAUGCCUGGAGGUUUCACAUCCGCUGGUAGAGAAGGUUAUCAGGCGGUCGACGAUACCGCUGAUGUUCCCACACCCAAACAUUCGGUGCCCCCUGCACCAGCUCCUCAGAACCCCCAACCCACUCCGGGCGCAUACCAAUCUGUAUAGGGCUGCAUGGCACUACUAUUUAUUUAUGUAUGAUAUGAGUAUUUAUCUACAGGCAUCCGCAGUGACUUCGUAACAAAAAGAAACAUGAGCAUGAAGUCGAUAACAUAGAAGAUAGAGAAAGACGACAUAAAAAGUAUGCAGGGCAGUCAUACCAUCAGUCGUAUCGCACAAUAUCAACUGGAUCAUCAUCCGGGACCCAUAUGCAUCCACUCUCCUUCUCUAUUCCCUCGCAUUCCUGCCAUUCGUCUGACAUCUCGAACUGCGUGCCUGCUACCCAUCGUCUCCAGACCUCCGUGUACCCCUUCUCAAUAUUACGUACCCAGCGCUGCGUAUCGAAAAGAGGCAUUUUGUCCCUAUUCAGGAACAAGUUGCGCCGAAGCGUGAUAACGUCACCUUUGGGUCUCAUGAAAGUGGAACCAGAAGGCUUUUGAGUGGAUUGGUACUCAACGCCGUUGGCCCAAGUAACCGCUCUCUCUUCAUAGUCCUGGAGGUUAUUUACAACCAUUUGGUCUCCGAAGCCUGUAGCAUUCACCAUACUUGCGCAGACGCGAGAGCACAUCUUGUACGUAUGUCGAGGCCAAGUAAGCAUGGGGGUGCCAGACCAUAAAACACUGACCAAUUUGCAAUAAUGAGUAUCUCAUCCACG